AUGAGCGCUUCCGCCUCUUCGUUUGCCUCCCCAGCCCUCGCAGUGGGCCGAUCCUCGCCCAAUGCACGACCACUGCGACCCCUUCAAUCCACCGACGCUGUCUCCACCGAGCACGCUGGCGCACACGCGACAGCGCCAACCGGUCGCCCACUGUCGCGGGCGUCGUCGUCGCAGUUGAUCUUCACACAGCCUCCAGGGGAGCCGCUGCGGGCGAGACCCACCACGUCUUCGUUAGAGGAGCAGGAGCUCUGCAUAGGCAGCGCCGCCGUGGCGGAUGAGCGAAUGCAGAGGACAGAGCUGCUGGGGCUGAUCGCGCGGUUCAGCAGGUCACUGAUGCCUGUCACGGAGCGGCUUAUUCGGCUGCGCGGUGCUCUCAAGGGGCUGCAGGAGCAGCUCAUCGUCACCACUCCAGCAGCUGCAGUCGUUUCCGCGACAAGUGGCGCCUCCGCCGGUGCGUCCAUCUCCUCGGUGAACGUGUCGGAGGCAAGCCCAUCUCCACGCCUGUGCGUGGCGGGAGCGUCGGAUGUGGAUGUGGAGGAGGUGCUCUAUUUCCUUGUCCACCGUGAUCCGCCACCGCACCGGCGCGGAGCCGGCUCUGGAGUGGCUAGAGGCGCGAGUGGCAUUCGUUCCCCUGCCUUCAGCAGCGGCAGCAUCCCUGCUGGACGUCCUCCUAUACCGGACGCCGGGCUGCUUGUUACCCCGCGUACAUCACCGUCCAGCACCAUGCCACGAAGGUGGUCUCGACUCGAGUCGGGUGGUGGCGGGGCAGAGGCAAACGUAAUGACCUCCGCCAGUGGGCUGUGGCCGACCAGCGCCAUCGGCUUCGGUGACGCCUCCUGCCCGUCAUCGCCGUCUGCGCCAUCCUUUCGAUUCCCCUCCACUCCACCCCUGGCGCUGACGCACGUGUCUGGCGCCUAUGCGAUGAUGCACGACUCACCAUCCCCCAGUGCGAUCAGUCACCCUUGCAGUCCGUUGAUGAUAGACUCACCAUCGCUCGACCAACUCCCGGUGCCCAUGGUGCACUCGUGCAUUGCAUCUGGUGUACACCACUGUGGUGUGCAGGGGUCGCAGGACAACGUGGCAAUUUCCUCUUACCCCCGACAAACUGUGCCCUCGCCGCCGCUGCCUGCUAUGGCGUCCGCGACGACAACCUCAGCGACGAUCAGCGCUGCUGCGCACAACUUACAUCAGCACCGUGCCCUCUCCCCCUACCCGCCUCUCUUGAGCGUCACCGCUGGCGGUCCGCAAGCUACAACACCGCCACCUCCGCUCCCGGCAGCACCGGCAAACCACCACGUGUGUCGGGUGCGUUCAACGAGGUCGCUGGAGUCCCGCAUGCUUCUCAGCUCACCUUUUGGCGUGGUAGCGAAGGAUGCCGAGGCGCCGAGCUACGAGUCGCUGCCGCAGAUGGUGCCCCGAGACACCUCCUCGACGGUGGAGGUAGCUAGCGAGGAGGGUGCUGAGAGCGCGUCGACGCCGUCCAUGAGCCUUUCCUCCACCAUGCCUGACCUUUCCGCGACUCCUCUGCCGCCACUGCCCGGGUUCUCCACAUUGACAACACUGGAGGUGAGUGGCGUACCAUCGCGUACCCCAUCGCUACAACCUGGUACUUCCACGGUGGUCUCGCUAACAUCGCCAACGCACCAGAGCAUCAUAGUGCCAGGGGCGGUGAACUACACUGUCGGGGCCAGCAGCGGCGCUGCCGUCACGAGCUUUCGGCGCAGAACGGGAAGCAGUCAGACCUUCGCUGGGUCGUCUCCCUCGCCUGCUUGUGAAUCUCCGGCGUCGCCGACGCCUAUCAUGAUCAACUCGCUUCAGCGCACUUCGUCGCAGUGCUCGGAGGUGAGCGAGCAGCUGCAUCGUCAUCACCGGUCGCUGCUCGGCAGCUCCGUGCUGCCCGGGGCAGCGCGCUUCAUCACCUUGCCGACACCAUUUUUUCCGCGGGCGGGGGUCAGCGGGCCGGGCAGCGGAGGCCGAAGCCUUCGCGAAGACUCUACCAUCCUCUCCCGCGCCUCCUCCGUCGCCGCACCGGCAAUGCGGUAUGUACAGCGAGUGCAGCGCCGUGUACUGACAGUCAGCCAGAUGCAGCUUCGACUCUCCGCAUGGGACCUCUUCCAUCCAGAGCACAUCGGCGCCCACUAUCGGGCGGCAUUGCAGGCCACUGCCGCGGCCUCUGGGGUCACGAGCCCUUCCAUUUCACCGACCUCGGGAGAGCAAAGUAAGCGGCGGGCAAAGAAUGGGCGGGAAAGUGGCAUGAGCAGCAGCGGAAGCAGGCUGAGCAACUCUCGGUACCAGGAGUACUCGCAGCACUCAUAUGGCACCAACGCGGUAUCGGAGAUGUCGCAGCGCGCGCUGCCGGGCCCUCAUUGGCUGGUUAGCAUGAUCGAAGACAGUGUUUUGCGCUAUGAGCCGCUGCCGUCCGCUGAGCAGCCGCCGCCGUUCAUGCAAUCCCCGCCGGUGGCCACCACUUCCGAUUUCAUAUUUCUCUGUGUACCCUACGAGACUCUCGCGCGCGGCAUGGAGCAAGAGGUGCGGCGCGGCAGUGGUAUUAACUCGAGCAAUCUGUUCGGUGUCAGCGCCGACGGCGUCGGUGUGUCCGUUAGUGGCGAUGUGGAGGUCGAGGAGGUGGCGGCGGUGCUCGACAUCCUUUUCGGGCUCUUCAGCGGCACCAAACAACAUCAUUUACGAGGACAGUCGCAGCGGCCGCAGCCACACAACGCCACCUCAGAAGCAAAGUCGAGGCUCGAGAGGGUGAACAGCGCCAGCGGCGGCGGCGACGGCGAGCAACAUGUAACGGACAGCUUAAGCUCCUACCCGCACGUCGCCACUAGGUCUUUCAUUGACACCAUCAGGGAAGGGAGCCAUGAUGAUGAGAUGGCCCUGCAUGAGUCCACCACCCCAGAAGCUUCAUCGCAGCGAGUGCGAGUCUUCACGGCAGGCACCUCCUCUGCUGCUGACUUCCCAUCAUCCACCUCGAAGCGGCUGGAGUCCACAGGAAGUCUUGACAGCGAUACUGCUAUCUUGCCGCCUCAGUAUCAUAUGGUGCCAGGGCUACCGGUCUCCUCGAGUGACGAGUGGUUGCUGCCGCUGCGGCAGGCCCUUGUCGAUCGCACGAUCUUUCUCCUCGUCAAGCCCGGCUAUGAAGAGUCGCCGAAGACAAGUGGGCACCGUGCAGGCAUGUCAAGUCGCACCGAGGACGCGGACGGCGCCUUUGACAAACGAGUAGUACACCGUUUUCUGAAGUUUACCAAGACGCACUAUGGAGUCACAGUGCAGCCAUGGCGCGUCACCAUCUUCAGCUACCGUGACGCAACGCGAGCCCGCAACGUGAUGCUGGCUCUCUAUGCCCAGCGGCUACGCCAGCAGCCACAGCAGCGACGUCGACUAAGCAUCAACUCGCAUUCGAGUGCAGAGGCGCUGCCGCAAACGCCUCGGUCCUGUAGCGCCGGCGAGGACGAUGUAGCUGGAAAAGUUGCUCCAGCAGGCUGCGCAGAUGCGUUCACUGGAUCUACCACAUCGCCUGCCCCCCGCAGCGGCGCGCGCCGCUCCUUCAUCUCCACGCAUGAGUCUUCGUGCAUAGCAGCUGAGGUGCCGGCGAGGACGACUCCUGGCAGGGGGCAGACGCUGGACGGUGCAUCCCUUGCGUCGGCUUCGCGGCUCACACUAGCGUCUUUGGUUAGCGGCAGCGAGGGUCGCCGUGGUUGCCGUGAUGGUCCCAGUUGCCCACAUGACAGUGAGAGUGGUCAGAGGGAGUUUUCUGGCGCUGCCUACGCUUUGCUAACACAGUCGUUGUGCGUUCCGCCGCUUUCGGUGGCGCUGGCGCAGUACGCUCCGCUGCUCGAACGUCACACCGCCUCUCGCGCCUGCUCCCCAGCCAGAUUUGCAACCGGGACAGGGCUUGCUGUCAGUACGAUGGACGAGCCCGCCGAGGGCGCCGCCCCGGCGGACGUGAGUGACAGCGGCGUGGACGCUGUCGCGGCGGCGGUGGCCUGCACACAUGUGGAGGAGGUUACGUGGGGCUCCAGCGGCGCUGCUGGAGUGGGCAGCGCUCUACGUUACUUCCAGCACGCCGCAGCCACGCAUCGCGUGCCAAGAGCGGGAUUUUUGGUAAUGGCGUGGUCGUGGCAGCUCUCUGCGCUGCUGCCGGUCAUUAUAAAAGACGCACAGUCGCGAUGUAAUCGACUGCGGCACAGCAGUCGCCAUGCCCAGCACAAACUGCAUGGGGUGCAGCGAAGUGUGGAGCUUCACCUGGCCGCCAGCCCAGCCAAGAGCGUGGCGGCCCUGGAAGUGCGGCUGCAAGUGGGCUUCCACGAAGUGGCACAACGCUUUUUGCAGGACCUCCGCCGACUGUUUAUCUCGGCAGGCUCGGCCAUCGCUGCCACUGAUUCCUCGCCCGUCUCCAAGGCGUCGUCGUCGUCGUCGUCCGCGUGGCCAGCAACAGGCCCGUCGGCAUACGGACAGCGACAGCAGCAGGUGCCGCCCUUGGCACCACUGGAUGCACUGCUGGUGUACGACUCUCCGGCUCUUCGAGAGGCAUACCAGCGCCUUACUCGGGCGGUCUUUCAAUUCCACGCCUUCUACCUUGCAGGGCAGUUCGCCUUCGAUACUCGGAGCCCAAGGGAGUUCUCGCGGACUCAUCAGGAUGUGGCACAUGAGAGAAAGCCCUCGCAGCCACCAUGGGCAACUUCCGUGUACGAGCAGUGCUACAGGGCUCUCCGGGAGGCAAUGUGCCGCUCGCAGGUACAACUGUAUACACCACUCAGGAGCUGCAAAGGCCUCACCGUUGUCCCACCCGGCGAGUCGUGCACGCGACCGGGAACUCCCUCCCCUGCGCCGCUGCCGCCACCCGUGCGAGCGAUCACCUCCGCCACUGCCACACCGACACGUCCUGCUUCUCGCCCCACCCCACCACACAGAGCAACUCCGGCGCCUAUGACCGCAAAAGGGGAGACCGAGGAGGUGCCGAUGCCGAAGGUGGACCUCCGAUCCAGCUCCCGCCCCCGCUGCCACUCCUGCCUCAAGAAUGCUGCAGGCUCGGCGACCUCAUCGGUGAAGGAGUCCACACCGCUGCGACCUGCACCGCGUAGCGAGCCAAUCGCUGCGUCUCACCCGGUGGCUGUCAAAGACGGCAGCGAUGGACAGCCACUGCGGCAGUUCUUUUCAGCACCGUCGUUUCUCACCUCCGCGGCAUGCGAGCCUGCCGCUACGGCGUGUCCGGGGGUCGCCAGUGCGGAGUCCACAGCUACGAAGAGCGACAAGGACUCUGGACAUGGUGUGUCUAGAGAGGAGCGCACGACACAGAGGAGACCUUCACAGCAAGCGAGCGACGGGGCCGCUGACGUUGACAGCAUCUCCCGACUCGGUUUCGAGGCGCUUCAGCAGCGCUGCCUCAUCAUGGAGCAUCAGCUCAUUGCCCACGUUUCGCAGAUCAACACAGAGAUUAUUAACUUCCUGCUUGCCACUUGUGUGGCUGCUGUGCCGCACUUGCAGCAUGACUGUGUGGGCGCAGAGCUGGCGCGGGUGAAGGAUGCACAUGCGGAGAUCGUGUCCAGUUUCACGGCGGUGCGCGGGCGUAAGGACGCUGCGAUUGCGAUGUCCCACCUCUACGCCCGGCUCGAGGAGUGGGGCGCUGACAUGUCCCACCUGGUCUCCGUUGUGCGGUCGCGACCGCACCUCGAAAAAUUCAUUACACAACUGCGCGCUGUUCUGUGCGAGGAUGAAGUGCGCGCGCUUGCAGUCUUCCGCGGUGGGUCCGAUGGUGGCCAAGAGUCGGAGGACGCGAUGCGGCAGACAUCGCAGGUCUCUGACACGCCACUGUCGUCGCCGAGUGCUGCAACGGCGGCGCGACGUAGGAGUGGUGCAGCUGCGGUAGGUUCACCUCUGAUAAGUGGUGCCGCAGGCGCCAGCGAUCGCCUUAACUCACGGCAGAGCGCAUCGAAGGGAUCGGCAGAGCAGCACGCGGCCACAUCUUCUAGUCUGAGGAGCACUCCUUGCGCCUUCGCCUCGAAGCCCUUAGCGGUGGUGGUGAGCCACCGAUCUGCUCGGAUGCUGCGCUACUACAUCUGUCUCGCCUGCAAGCAGCAUGGCACCACCAACGGCAGUGGCACCCUCUCCGACACUGGCACCCUCGUUAACGCGCAGCGUAGCGGCGUGUUCGGCGACAUGUUAGCAUCUCCGUCGCCGUCCCGGUCGCUGCACUCUGUUCAAGGUGGCAUCUCAACGCCGAUAUCACUGCACCGUAGCUCACGCGUGAAGGAAGCCGGCGGUGGGCGCGGGGUAUUGGACUCCAGCGUUUCUCUCUCCAGCAUGUCGGCCGCGUGGAAUCGAGAGGAGCAGUGUCUCCGCGCAGAGGGCAGUGGCCGCAGCCAGCGUGCCUGUGGUUCUGGUGGCACAACAUCGACGACAGUGGCCGCCUUUUUCGCCUCCCCGUCGCAGCCACCGAUGGCGGCCGUGUCCGCAGAGAUGCUCGCGGCGCUGGAGGUCGUAAAGCAGGGACCCCUUACGGCCCAACGGCAUGCUUCGGCGCCGCACGCCCUGCCCGAUGCCGAGCCAGGGGCGAUUGCGCUCAGCAGAGACGGCUCGUUGGCCACGCCGACGUCGACUGGUGGUAUCUCAGCCACGCACGAGAACAAGCAAGCGCUCAAUCCAGCUGACGGCCCGGAGCUUCGACAGUUUGUGGUGCCCGUGAACACCAGCGCGGCGGCAGCUGCUGCACCCCGCUGCGCCGACGCAGGUGGCAGCGCGUGGACGACACAGCUGGCGCAGUGGCGCUCCACCAUGACUGAAGCAGAGCGGCCGGCUCAUGACGCUUCUGCGGCGCCGUUGCUAUGGAUUGUUCUGGACGCGUGGGAUGAGACGCUGCUCCGCAUGCCCUAUGGCCUAUUGCUCCAUGUCGACACCGCCAGCUACGCUGAGUCUCUCAACCGCAUGAGUGGUGACCUCAUGAAGAUGCAACAGCGAUGGUCGAGUCGCUGCAAAGAUUCGCUGGCGAGAGUCAAGCGGCAACUCAAGGCCAUGGAGGACGACCUCAGUAGGAUCUGUGAUGAGAGUGGUCGGGCACGUGUCGAGUACGUCCAGGAGUUGCGGGCCGUGUUCGAUGCGGCCUCCCUCUUCGCUGCCCCCGGUGUGACCUCUUCAUUGAGUGCCUAA